GGGGCGGCAGCGGCGGCAUGUCGGCGGCGGGCGGUGGUCCCUGCGGCCCGGGCGCGGCCGGCCCGGCCCCGGGCGGCGGCGUGUCCAUGUUCCGCUGGCUGGAGGUGCUGGAGAAGGAGUUCGACAAGGCGUUCGUGGACGUGGACCUGCUGCUGGGCGAGAUCGACCCCGACCAGGCCGACAUCACGUACGAGGGGCGGCAGAAGAUGACGAGCCUGAGCUCGUGUUUCGCGCAGCUCUGCCACAAGGCGCAGACCGUGUCCCAGAUCAACCACAAGCUGGAGGCACAGUUGGUUGAUCUGAAGUCUGAACUGACGGAAACACAGGCAGAGAAAGCAGUCUUGGAAAAGGAAGUGCAUGAUCAGCUUUUGCAACUCCAUGCUGUUCAGCUUCAGCUACAUGCCAAGACUGGUCCGAGUGUUGAUUCUGGGACUAUUAAGGCAAAACUGUCUGUCCUUUCUGUGGAUGAAAUGGAGAGAGAACUUGAAGCUAACAAGAAAGAAAAAGUGAAAGAAGCUCAGCUGGAAGCUGAGGUGAAGUUGCUGAGGAAGGAGAAUGAAGCCCUUCGUAGACACAUAGCUGUGCUUCAGGCUGAGGUUUAUGGAGCAAGACUAGCAGCCAAGUAUUUAGAUAAGGAGCUAGCUGGAAGGGUCCAGCAGAUUCAGUUAUUGGGCCGAGACAUGAAAGGACCCGCUCAUGACAAGCUGUGGAAUCAGCUUGAAGCAGAAAUACACCUUCACCGUCACAAAACUGUUAUUAGAGCUUGUCGAGGUCGGAAUGAUCUAAAACGACCGAUGCAAGCACCACCAGGUCAUGAUCCUGAUGCCUUAAAGAAGAGUCAAGGUGUUGGUCCAAUCAGAAAAGUUUUGCUAGUUAAAGAAGACCAUGAAGGAUUAGGAAUUUCAAUCACAGGUGGGAAGGAGCAUGGUGUUCCAAUACUGAUCUCUGAAAUCCACCCUGGGCAACCUGCUGAUCGAUGUGGAGGACUGCAUGUUGGUGAUGCUAUUCUGGCAGUAAAUGGAGUUAAUCUAAGAGAUGCCAAACAUAAAGAAGCUGUAACUAUUCUUUCCCAACAGAGAGGUGAAAUUGAAUUUGAAGUAGUGUAUGUUGCUCCAGAAGUUGAUUCGGAUGAUGAAAACGUGGAAUAUGAGGAUGAGAGUGGACACCGUUAUCGUUUAUACCUUGAUGAAUUAGAGGAAGGUGCAAAUUCAAGUUCUAAUAGGAAAGAUGCAAAUGUGGAUGUCAAACCUUCACAAGUGUUUGAUAAGAAGCCAAAUAUUGAUGGACAUGAAAAUGGAGACCUGGGGAAUUCAGUUGAAGGUUCAUUAGAAGACACUGCACCCAAAUUAGCCCGUUCUGCUGAGUCUUUAUCCUAAAAACAAUCAAUCAAAGAAAAAAAUCAACUGGACAAAUCCCAUCUUUGGGAGCAAUUGAUAAUCAAUAUUGACUGCUUAAAGUUGCAUAUGCUAGAGUAGGUUGUAAAAGGAUGAUUAAAUGUCAAGAGAACUGUAUUACUGUUGCCUGGAAAAAAGGCGGUUACCUCAGGGCUUCAUUGUGAGCAAGUCUAAAUGUGGAAAACUGUCUUUUGCGUGAACACACAGUAGUUACCUAACACAUGGCAUGUGAAAUGGAUUUCUUUUAAUAAUAAAAGAGUAAUCCACUGAAGUGUGGGAUUUCUAAAAUUAAUAACCUCAACACGCUCCACUUUUAGUCUCAUCGAUGUCCCUAAGGAAGUAGAAUAAUAUGUGGCCAGCUUCAUUUUGACCCUUUGAUGUUUUAAAGGGACAACUGGUGUUAAAUUUGGUGUGAAACAUGCUUAAACCCUAAAAGGAUGAGGGGGGCAGUUGUUCCAUUGCAUUCAUGAGUUUUGUAUUUCAGAUUUUUUUUUCUCAGAAUAGUAAAGACCAGAGCUUUUAUUUGAGCAAAGACUAUCAAAACCCAAAUAGGCAGUGGGUUACUUGCUAAUCAUGAUCUUUCAGCCCAUGAUAAUGUUAUGGGUGAGAUUUUCAGAAUUAUUGUUUUAAUUUAAAGUCACCAAUAUAUUACAGGGUUCUAAAGGUGAAGUUAGUUUAAAAAUUACUCACAAUUAUGUGGGCCCUUUGGUAUUUUUUUUUCUGAGCAUUGUCAGUGUAGUGUUUGGUUUUGAAUGGAUAUGGUUACCGCUAAUGGAGUUGGUCAUUAUUAGCUUUACCUUAUGAAAUGCUCAGUGGUUUUGAUGGGUACUGAACGUAUUAAUUUCACAUUAAAAUAAUCCUUAAAGCAGUGGAAGUUGAGUGCACAGUACUUUACAGAAGGUGCUCAGAAUGAUACUAUGUCUGGCCCUAUCCAUGUUAUGUUAUGGCAAUCAUAUUAACCUCUAAUUGUCUUACUGUUGAAACAAAAUGUUACUCCCUUUGUGAGAGCAGUGUAUCUUAAAAUAGUUUUUGAUUGGUGUACAUCUAAAGGCCCACAGCGGGGCUGCAGACAGCAAUGUUAAGGAGGGUGUCUUGACCCUCCAUUUGUAGAUCUGUUGGAGAAGUGCAGCACACUCCACAAACAAGCUCUACGUUGUCAUCGCACUUAUUAUUUCAGCAUGCAGUGCUGUCUUUACUGCCCGCUUCUCUGCAGGCUGUUGAACUGUAAUGUGAAAAGAUUUUGUACAUUGAAAGAGGAACUAACAUGAAAAGACGUCUUUGCAAGUGUUGCUGUGUAGGAUGUACAUACAUAAGAAAAAAGCUCAAAGGCCUUUAGAGUAACAUCAACCAAUCUUAUGUUCUAAAAUGUGAUGUAGAACACAGUUACUUUGUCUCUUCUAGGAGCACUAUAUAUAUAUAUGUUUAUAGAAAAAACCUAAAAAUGUAUAUACUUUAUUCAAAGAUUUUGCUAUUUAUAAAUCCCUUAACUUCGCUAUUUACACGAUAGUUUUAUGUGUGUGUGCGUGCGCGCAUGAGUUCCACUUACUCAGUGGAAUAACAUUAUUUGGUUCAUUUUUUUUAAUAGUCUUUGUCAUACAGCAUACUGUUGAAGGUUUUUAAAAUAGUCAAGGCUGUACAGUUUUCACUGAACAGAAACUAGUAUUUAAAAAUAAAGCUGUGUGAAGAAGAAACAGGUCCCCAGGCAUGUUUCUUUUUCUGAAGCUUCAAAAACUUGAGGACACGUUGGCUGCGUGUUAGCAGAUGAAUCCACUGCCAGAACUUUGCAUCCAGAUUUCUGUUCUUCCCACAGCUACUCAAGCAGAGUGCAUUCUGAAACUGUCUGUAGCUUGGAACACUCUAUGUCCUCUUUGUCUGGAACGAUAGUUCAAAGCUAAGUAGUGGUCAUUUUGUCCUUGAAAAUCACCGCUCUAUGGAAUCUUGCUGCAGUUCUUAGAAAUUAGACUUGUCCAACCACUCGUGUAACUUUUUAAAAAGGCAGUAAAUUUGCUUGUACAGUUUCCCUUUAUUUGAGGGAAAAGUGAAAUUUUUAAUUUAUUUGUUCUUCCUUACUUCUCAGAACACCAUAUUUUCUGUUUAAUGCAUUUGAUCAGUUUUAGCCUGAAGUGGGGCAAUGUUUCUAGAGUUAUUUUCCUAACAUUUCUUGUCCACCAGUUUUACAUGAUGUUAUACUCUCUUCUUCAUCUGCUGGACCCUUUCUCUCCUCUUACCUUGUCUAUUUUUAACUAUAAAUGAGAUCAACAAAAGGAACAUGACUAGGAGUAGAUGAAUCAGGUAGCAGUAAAUUAUCAUCAGAUUUCCUUCCUGGCAGUUUUUAUAGUCUUUGUUUAGAAAGUCUUGAAUGGGAGGAUUUUGCUCAGACACUACAGUCUGUCUCCAUUUACUCUGUACUUCCUACCAGCUAAUUUAACAUACUGGUUUAUUUGUAAUCAUACUGAGAUGCUUAGAGAUUAAUAUUUAAACUGAGAAAAGUUUUGCAAGAUGAGAUUUCCAGAUUCAGUAGACAAAUGUGUGUUCUUCCUUUUGUCAGUAACUGGAAGACUCAGUCCUGCUGAUUCCCAGGGGUUGAACGAGUUAGACUUGGAAGAAUUCCUGAGGAAAGUCAGUGUUCAGAUGUCAUUUUUUUUUAAAGUGUAAAAUGGUUUACUUGCGUGUGUAUAUAUAUUUUUACUUAAAAAAUAAAAUAAUAUUCUAAAGAUAAUUUUGUGACUUUUUUUUUUUUUUAAGUGAGUAACUCCUUGCCCGUUAAAAUUUUCAGUGAGGCAAUUGUGUUUUAAGCUAAAGGUGGACAAUGUUGGCGUCUGGGACCAUUGUUAAUUAAAAGCAUGUAAGAUAAGGAAAAUGCUUUAUGGCAGUAAAUUUAACUCUGAUCAAAGGCUGUAUGUAGUAUUUGCUUUGUAGAAGUGUAUUCUUGGCAAUGAAGAGGGUUUGUAUCUGUCUCAAUAUGUUUUAAUGCACAGUUGUAUCAAACAAAAUUCAGGUAUUUAUUGUAUUUGUCCAAACCUAAUUACAUCAUGGGUUACUCUCAUUUCUGUAGCAGAUAGAAGAACAUUUUGCAAAAAAUGUGUACAUCUUGUUAAGCUGAAUAUAAUAUAUUUUUAUUAGCCUUCAAAUAAAUAUACUCUUCUGCAUUGCAGUGAUUUCUGCACCUAA